AACUAUUCUUAAUCUAUAGACAAUAUGUUCGCCGCUAUAUAUGUAGAUUGUUGUCAAAUAUAGCUGUCUAAUGUGACAGAAAUCUAUCAGAAACGAUAACUAACGGAAAUUUAUUAAAUAAACCGUCUAUACGAGUCAUGAUAACACCGGUGAACUGUAAAAAUUGCUUACGAUUUCUGAAACUUUCCAAUUAUCAUAUUUUGUCUAGAUUUGAUAACCUUACAAUCGUACAAAGUCACUAUUUUUCGUUACCAAAAAUGACAGCACAACAAAAAUGGACUAUCGAGAAGAUGAAUAUUCUUUCUCUACCCUUGGAGGAUAAACGUAAACUUUACAAAGGGCCAGAUUACAUUGUUCUAGACAACAUCGAUCCAUGGUCGAAAUACGUCACACAGAACAAACAAGCUUUAGAAUCAAAAAAGCACACUUCAGAUGAUAUUAAUGAAUUUAAAAAAAUUCAAAUCGAUUCUAAUAAAAAUAAAAAAAUAUCUGAGAAAGUAUCGAUUUUUAAAGGAGAUAUAACAAAACUGGAGGUGGAUGCAAUAGUGAAUGCAGCUAAUGCACGGUUGAAAGCUGGUGGAGGUGUCGAUGGAGCUAUACACCGAUCAGCUGGGCCAUUGUUACAGCAAGAAUGUGACAGUCUGGGAGGUUGUCCUACAGGAGAAGCGAAAAUAACUGGGGGAUACAACUUACCUGCCAAAUACAUCAUCCAUACAGUUGGACCGCAGGAUGGAUCAGCCCAAAAACUACAGUCAUGCUAUGAAACAUGUCUCUCCCACCUAAAAAAAUAUCAAUUACAGAGCAUAGCUUUUCCUUGUAUUUCAACUGGAAUUUAUGGUUUUCCAAAUCGUUUGGCAGCUCAUAUUGCUCUUCAAACUGCAAGAAAAUAUCUAGAAGCCAAUGAAGGGGUUGAUAGAAUUAUAUUUUGCACCUUUAUGCCAAUUGAUGUAGAUAUAUAUGAAACUCUAAUGCAAAUGUAUUUUCCUGUACAAGAAUUUAAUUAAAAUGAUGGUACAUCUCUUUCUGAGUACAGUUUCAUAUCUGUUGUAAUGAUUUUCAACUGCAUAGUCUGUAAUUUUUUAUUGGAAUAUAUAUAAUUUGUUCUGGUAUUAUAUUGCAUAAAUAUAUAAUAAGUACAUA